UUUAUCUACUAUGUCCAUUAAAAAGAAGAAAAUGCAAUCUACUUAUGUAACCUCAUGUUGUUUCCUUCCGUGGUUUUGCAGAACUCUGCACUUGAAGGUUUGCUGCUUCCCGAGCUACUUUUGUUAUUGAUACUCAGAAAGGCAUAAUGGCUGUUUGUGGUUCAAGGACUCAUAUUGGCCAUUUCGUUGGCAAUAUGACUGCUAGGCGCCUGCAGUGUAGUUUGUCAGUAAAGAGUUGUACUGUUUCUUACAACAAAAGAGGCUUUCAAAAUGUUAGUAAAGCUAACAUCAGUUUGGGAAACAAAGGACGGCCCAAUAACUUCAUGCUUUACCAAUAUUUCACGACUAAUGUUGCAAAGAGGAGGACUAACCUCAACCCACACAAAGGCUUUGGAUUGGAAGGUUUUCGCAAUUUAUCCCACGAAUGUUUCUUUUCUGGAACUGCCUCUGCUUCUAAUGUGUCUUCUGAUAAUUCCAAGGGCACAGAACAAGUUGUAGAUGUUGUUAAUUCUUCUGAAGCAAAGAUCUCCUUGCAGCUAAACUCGGGAUCUUUUUACCUACCUCAUCCUGCUAAAGCAAAAACUGGUGGAGAGGAUGCUCAUUUUAUUUGUACCCUUACACCAGCAAUUGGUGUAGCUGAUGGUGUUGGUGGAUGGGCUGAUCUUGGUAUUGAUGCUGGACUAUAUGCCCGUGAAUUGAUGUCUCACUCUUUAUCUGCAAUUCAAGAUGAGCCAAAAGGUUCUGUAGACCUAAUCAGGGUGCUGGAGAAAGCUUACGUGAGAACAAAAGCAAAAGGCUCUUCUACAGCGUGUAUCGUUGCACUCACUGAAGGAGGUCUUUAUGCAGUUAAUUUAGGAGAUAGCGGAUUUAUGUUGGUUAGAAAUGGAUGUGCUGCAUUUAAAUCCCCUUCACAACAGCAUGGGUUUAAUUUCCCAUAUCAACUAGAUUGCAAUAACGCGGGUGAUUCACCUAGCUCUGCCAUGGUGUUCAACAUUACUGUUGUACCUGGAGAUGUCCUAAUUGUUGGUACAGAUGGGCUUUUUGAUAAUUUGUAUGACGAAGAUAUCAGUGGAGUUGUAUUUCAGGCCAUGGAAGCUGGCUUAGGGCCUCAGAUGACUGCUCAGCGGAUAGCAGAACUGGCACAGCUAAGAGCAAUGGAUCAUACUAAGUCUUCGCCUUUCUCUGAUGGAGCUCGUGAGUCUGGAUUUGAUUACCAUGGUGGGAAGCUGGACGACAUCACUGUAGUUGUUUCUUACAUAACAGAGUAAAAUUGAAAAUUCAUACCAUGUCGCAAUUUUCAGAGACACUAUUGGAACAGAAUCAACAGCUGGAUGGAGGAGAGUCAUACAAUACAGCAACCCAUAAAUCCGAGGCAUUGGUUAGAAUUUUGGCAUUUUGAUUUGUGUGUAAAACAAAGACAAGAAUGAGAAGGCUUCAGCAGCAUCUUGGGUCUAGCUUAGUUCACCUCAGUUUGAUACAAGUGUUUUACUUUAUGAAAUUCAAAUAGCAUGUUGGAAUCAUUAACAUUUAUUUGAUGAAGGAUUUUCUUCUGUAUUUUUGUUUACUUAGUAGAUGCCUUAUUUGGUACAUGA